GGUACCGAAAGGCCAAAGCUCUGUGGGGUCAUCGUAUGGGUAGUCAUCUUUAAUUAAAGCUCCACUGAGGCAAUUAUUUUAGAAACCUGUCGUCCCAAACUGCCCAUUGUCGUCGAUAGGGAGUCGCAACUAGGUCUAUCCGCUUGAAUUCGUUUCACUUUUUCUGGUUUCAUUCUUAGUUGAAUUUGAUCAACCGAAGCAGUAGAGCUGCAUUAGAGUCGAAAUAUAAGCAUGCGCACCCCUAGGAGAUGAGUCCAUUCUUGGUCAUGAGCGUGUAUUUGUGUCGGAGAAUUAGGAGUUGCGCUGAGAAGACGUACCUUGCGAAGAACAAGAGGUGGAUUGCAAGAUUAUAAAGCGCGGAUACGGCUGUGAUUAAAUCUGCUUCCGGGUCUAGUAUCAGGCUUUGCACUGAGAAGAAAAUCGUUACAGAUGGAGGGGCUGUUUGAAGUCAUGCCAGGAUUAGGCUGGAGAGAAGGAUUGGGGCUCGUAAUCUUCGGGUAUAUAAUUUUCGAACAGCUCUCUUUCUUUUCCAAGCGGAAGCAUUUGCCAGGGCCAUCCUUCGUAUUGCCUUUCGUGGGCAGCGUGAUUGCUAUGGUGGUUAAUCCCACGGGAUUUUGGGUUAAUCAAGCAAAGGAUGCUUCGAAGGUUGGAGUCUCGUGGAACGCCCUACUCGGUAAGUUUGUUUUGUUUGUGCGAGACUCCCAGCUUUCCCAGAAAAUUUUCGCGAACGUUCGUCCCGACGCAUUUCAUCUGGUAGGUCAUCCGCUGGGCAAGAAGUUGUUCGGAGACCACAACCUCAUCUUUAUGUUCGGGGAAGAACACAAAGAUUUGCGACGCCGACUCGCGCCGUUAUUCACCUUAAAGGCGCUUGGCGUAUACGUAUCUAUCCAAGAAAAAACGCAGAAGGAGCACAUCACCAAAUGGUUAGACAGGGCAGAUAAACUCAAGAAUAAUCCAAUUCGCAUCCGCUUGCUCUGCCGCGACAUGAAUUUGGAGACAUCUCAGAACGUCUUCGUGGGCCCAUACCUCACUCCCGACAUGCGCGAAAGAUUCAACGAGGACUACAAGAACUUCAACGUGGGGCUUAUGAGCUUGCCCAUCUAUUUCCCAGGUUUCUCAUUCUACAAAGCCACGAAGUCUGUGAAGAAUAUCCAAAACUCGCUUGCAAGAUGCGCAGCAGCCAGCAAAGCGAGGAUGGCUACGGGUGCAGAACCUUCCUGUCUGAUGGACUUCUGGAUGGUGGAAACUGUGCGGGAGCUUGGGGAGGCCGAAGCUGCAGGAAUGCCUCCUCCUUCCCAUUCUUCCGACUUCGAAAUUGGCUGCCAUAUCUUCGACUUCCUCUUCGCAGCUCAAGAUGCUUCCACAUCUUCCCUGGUCUGGGCGAUUACCCUAACUGAAUCCCACCCCCACGUUCUCGAGAAACUACGAGAAGAGCAAUCACUGCUACGUCCUAAUCCAUUGGCACCUUACACUCCAGAGUCCUUGAGAGAACUGAAAUAUACCGAGAUGGUCGUGAAGGAGGUGCUGCGCUACAGGCCUCCGGCAACCAUGGUACCGCACAUUGCCAGCACCGACUUUGCCUUGACAGACACUUACACCAUCCCAAAGGGAACAAUUGUCUUCCCCUCAUUACUGGAGUCUUCAUUCCAGGGCUUCACUGAUCCGGAGGUUUUUGAUCCGGAGCGAUUCUCCCCCGAACGAAUGGAAGAUCAAGUGUACAGGAAAAACUGGUUGCUAUUUGGAGCUGGACCCCACCAGUGUAUCGGGCAACGUUACGCCAUCAACCAGCUGAUUCUCUUCACCUCCCUCUUUACCACUUUUGUAGAUUACAAACGAGCCAGGACUCCAGGGUGUGACGAUCUGUUGUACACGCCCACCAUCACUCCCAAAGACGAAGGACUCGUGUACAUUUCCCCCCGAAUUGUGAGCGAGCACUGAAAAACAAAUUCUUCUGUCAAGCUCCUCUACUCUGAUUUGGUCAUUGGUCCGACUGAAAGACAAAUCAAUACAGCAAAACCGUUGACGCCGUUGUGUGUUCCUGAUCGAUUCGGUUUCACCAAAAUUGUUGGGUGACAACCAACAAACACGUAGGAAGUGAAUCUGACUUCGCAAAUAAGGGCCGAAUUGAUAACCAAAUUCUGCGUAGUUUAUUAGCAUCGUGUACAAAACUAUUCCGACUUGGAGGUUAAUUGAAGAUUCACAUAUUGAUCAUGUGCUAACAAUUUUGUGCA